AUGUCUUCGGUAAAUAAGCUCAAACCCGGAAAAGGUGCCCUGGCUAAAAAGAAGCGUAUAAACCAAAACUGCCAAGCAUGUGACCUAAACGAUACUUACGACAAUAUGGUCCAAUGUGAUCGAUGUCAGACAUGGUGGCAUCUUGUGUGCGCGGGUGUCAACGAGUCGAUCGAAGAUCGAGAUUGGAUCUGCCCGAAGUGCCGUGAAGUCGCAAACAGUUGCCGAUCAGGAUCUCGUUCAAGUUCCGCGCUCCAGCGUCUCAAAGAUCGUCAGGACCUUGAACGGCAACGUGUCGAUAUCGAAUUGAGCAAACAAUUUCUUGAGGAACAGAACGCGCUGAUCAAUGCCGAAGAGUUCCAAAGUUUUCGAACCCAAGGCAGCAUGGCUGCAGCUGAAAAACGUACUCAACAGUGGGUCGAUAGUAUUCACAGCGACGAUGGUGCUGUGGGAGGAGCACCCAGAGCUACAACCACACCGAUUAAAGAAUCGCUCCGCUUCCCUUCAAAUCGUGAGCUCGAGGAACAUAACCUGCAAAUGGCCCAUCGUCAAGGCAAGGCCGUCAUGGGGAAUCAGUUAGCCGAAUUCCAACGACAGCUGAAGCAGUGUCAAGAAAUGCUUGCAAUACUUUCACCAGAGGAACCCAACGCCGAAUCAACAAGGAUGAUUCCGUCAAGUAAGCACAACGGAAGGUGUACCGGUGCCAUUCCCAAGACGGUUACCAUAGCAAGGGAGGCGAUCAAUCGUCCGAGUGAAUCAGCCCCAAAGGAAUCGUUGACUGGAAAUCAUAAACAAGCUGAUAUACAUCUCACCGUUCAGACAGGCUCUGCGCCUUCAGCUCAUCUUAAUCAAUUACUGGACCCGGUUACAAGUGAGUUCGUAAAUCCUGUGUCCCUCUCGCCUCAACAGUUGGCGGCUCGGCAAUCCUUCGCACGUGACCUGCCCGUCUUCACCGGUGAUCCAGCAGAGUGGCCAAUGUUCAUCGCGAAUUACGAGUACACAACUGCCGUGUGUGGGUUCACGAACGGAGAAAACAUGCUGCGGUUACAACGCUGUCUAAAAGGAUAUGCCCUGGAAAAAGUUCGAAACCGCAUUGUCCUUCCUGCUGCAGUACCACAAGUAAUUGAAGCUCUAAGACAACGAUUCGGCCGCCCAAACAUUCUAAUAAAUUCUCUUCUACAAAUGGUGAGAACGAUUCCAGUACAGAGAUCGGACAAACUAGAAGGUCUGGUCGAGUAUGGGGAAGCGGUUCAGGAGUUGUGCGACCACAUCGAAGCUGCCAACGAACAAACCCAUUUAGCCAACCCACAGCUGCUACAAGAAUUAAUUGCAAAACUGCCUACGGAUUACCAAAUGCAGUGGGCUGCAUAUUCUCGAGAGCUGACGUAUGUGGACUUACGAUGCUUUGGAGACUUUAUGAAUAUCGUCGCACAGGAUGCCUCUCGCGUUAUCAGUUUCAAUCCAAAGACCAAGAAUGCGCUUCGAGAUAGAUCAAAAUCUAAGGGUUUUAUAAAUCUACACAACGAAACUGGCGGAGAAUCAGAUCAAUCCGAUUUGCACGAGCAACAAAGACAGAAAGCUAGAGAAUGCGUUUUCUGCGGCAAAACUGGCCAUCGUAUGAGAGAAUGUUUUAAAUUUAAAGGCUUGUCGGUUGACGAAAGGUGGAACAAGGCUCGGGCACUUAAAGUGUGCUUCUCUUGCUUAUGUAGUCACGGUAGACGCUCUUGCAGGAGUGCAUCAAUUUGCAACAUCGACGGAUGCGAACAUCGACAUCAUCCUCUACUCCAUGGCACAAAACCCGACCAAAACGCUACGUUACAGGUGGCAGAACACCAUACCCAUCGAACCAACGAAGCAGCAACUAUUUUUCGAUUACUUCCUGUAACCGUUUAUGGGCCAAAAUGCGCUGUUGAAACGUACGCGUUUGUAGAUGAAGGUUCCAGUCUGACGUUAGUUGAAAACGAUCUCGUGAAUGAAUUAGGACUUAGAGGUAGCCUACAACCGUUGUGCCUACAGUGGACUGGCAAUACCAGCAGAAUGGAGAAAGAAUCCCAAAUAGUCAACAUAGAAGUUUCCGGCGUAAAACAAAAAAAGCGAUCUACGCUUACGAACGCUAGAACGGUCGCUUGCCUAAAUCUUCCAAUACAAAACUUCGACGCAGAACAUGCAAUAGAGCACAGUGAUCAUCUACGUGGAAUCCCUAUCAAUAGUUAUCGCAACGCUAAACCUCGUUUGUUGAUAGGAAUCGAUAAUCUACGACUGGCUGUCCCUCUCAAGGUCAAGGAAGGGGAAGGAUCGAGUAUCGUCGCAGUUAAAACGAGGCUAGGAUGGUGUGUUUACGGGAAGUCUUCGCCAGAAACAACGGUUACAUCCAGUUACCACGUCCGUGAAAGUUCAGCUGAUUACAAACUACACGAGUUAGUCAAAUUUUAUUUCAAUAUCGACAACAUCGAUUCCACAGUUACGAAACCCCUAUCUAAACAGGAGGAUCGAGCAUUAUCCAUCCUCAGCCGGACUACCAAGCACACGGGACACCGCUUCGAAACUGGACUGUUGUGGGCCGACGAUGAGAUAAUACUUCCGGACUCCUUCAACAUGGCUCAUAGAAGGCUCGAAUGCCUAGAGCGCAAAAUGAAUCGAAGCCCGAAGCUGAAGGAAAACCUGCACAAACAAAUUGCGGAAUAUGUAUCUAAAAAGUACGCACAUAAAGCCACGCCUGAGGAGUUAAGCCUUGCGGAUCCCAACCGGAUAUGGUAUCUGCCGCUAGGUGCCGUGAUGAAUCCCAAGAAGCCCGAAAAGAUUCGUAUCAUAUGGAAUGCGGCGGCCGAGGUUUCCGGAGUAUCUCUUAAUAAGAACCUUCUGAAGGGACCGGAUCUACUUACCUCUCUCUCUAGCAUUCUAUUCCAAUUUCGCUUAUAUCGAUUCGCCGUCAGCUCAGAUAUACAGGAAAUGUUCCAUCAAAUCCAAAUCCGCCCAGAAGAUAGGAACUCACAGCGAUUCCUGUGGCGAUCAGACCCUUCGCUAAAGGCGGAAAUCUACCUGAUGGAUGUGGCGACUUUCGGAUCAACCUGCUCGCCAGCAUCCGCGCAGUUCAUAAAAAACUUGAAUGCCGAGCAACACGCACCGAAAUUCCCAGAGGCAGCAAUAUCAAUUAUCAACCGAUAUCACGUCGACGAUUACUUUGAGAGUUUCGACGAAGAAAACGAUGCAAAAAGAAUCGCCGCAGAUAUCGUGACUAUUCAAAAAAAUGCAGGGUUCACACUUCACAACUGA